CUUCCGCCCACCUGCGUUGCCUCCCGACCAUGACCCAAUCAUCGACGCCCUGAUCGCCGCUUCUGACUCCCGGUCAGCGAUGCCCUGCAUACCUAAGGUGCCAUGACCUCAGAAUACGAGGAUCGUAACUUCACAACCAUUCAGCAAUUUUGACAUCUCCACAUAACACCCCAGAGCGUGAAGUUUGGAUGUCUCGAUACUGACGAAACAUGGCAGCACUCGCUGCGAUCCUACCAGUCGUCUCCCGCAGUUCAUGUCUUGCGCUAGAGUUGUACCAACUUGCCGCCUCGUCUCCAGAAGAGGCGCAGGAUCUCUUGAAGAUUGCGAAGGCGAUCAACAGUUUUGCUUCGAUCUUGAAGCAGGUCGGGACCAUCAUAAAGGAAGAUGACCGACUGCCUUCGUAUGAGGCCCUCGAUGUACUCGAAGACGUCACAGUGCAGUCGCAGACUGUUCUGAAAGAAAUCGAGAUUACAACUGAGCUUCGCAGACAUGAGCACACCGAAGAAAGAGAUGAAGCGCAAAACUCUAAAAACGUCUCGCGAAAUGGUUCAGCCAAUGUGACGAGGCUGGCCUACUCUGCCGCCCAUCUUGAAAGCUUACGGUUGACCUUGGCUGUCCUGCUACAGACUCUUUACGCUGCGCAGAGCAUCAUGUGGUCAAAGCUAGGGCCCACAGUACCGCCAAAGCAAGCCGCGAAGGCAGUGUUAAACGAAAGAAUCCAGCUGCAGGCACUCAUCAUCGAGCAGCAGAUGUCAAUACUGGCGGCAGUGGUGCUUUACGAACAGAUGCCUCGUCAGGACGCUCGGUUUCUAAUGGAGUCAGACAGCUCGCAGAGCCUCGUUACAUCGGGCCGCGAGAACGAAUUACCCAGCCCAAGCCACCUCCAUUCGUAUCUGGACACGUAUCUAGGGAGCCUUGAUACGUCCGGUUCUACAGAGGCAGGAUGGCUUCCAACUGUAUGCAGCGUCGCUACCUCACGGACUGAGCACCUGUUGGAGAAAUGGACCACUCUGCCAGGCUUCGAUGAACGCCUCCGUGAUGCAGAGCGAAAGGCGCGUUCGAAGAAGCACGAGGAUCAGCAAGCAACUGUUGAAUCAGACAGCGACGAAGAAACGAGACAAAGAUACAAGCCUAAUGGCGCCGGUCCAGCUUCACCACUGAUACAACGAUCUGGUAGCAUACAGCCUCUGUUUACGGAUACAGCCACACUGCCCAUACCCAUGCCCCGUUCCAGACACGGAUCGACUCCAGCAACACCAGCAGCCUCCCCGAGAAAUUCCCGUACGAUAUCUGAACUCCCAGCCUCACCUCGCUCAAGCAUAGGAAACCUACCCGUAGAAGCAGCCGCCGCAGUCGAAGCCAAAGAAGAAGAUAAAGACCUCGAACUCGAAAUCCCAUGGUCCCUCCGCACUCGAGAGUACGAGUGGCGCUACAUCGACAACACCCUCAUUGGCUCCAACACCGACCACCCCCCCUCCACCGCCUACACUCGCCCCGACCAAUCCUGGAUCGAAGUAGCCGCAAGCUGGGUGUGCAACGAAGCCAUCGCGCAAGCCGGCUACAAAGCCACCCCCAUCCAGAAAGACCGCAAGGACGGCCGCCGCACUCGCUCAGACACGUUCUUCUGUAUCACGCCGGCCCUGCACUUCGACGCCGUCAAGCGCCUCGUCGAGCGCACCGUCGCUAUCUACCGCCAGAACGCGCCGCCCCCGCGCGCACGCCGCUCUUCGUUCGAGCGCCCGCCCAAGCCGGACCGCGACCGCACGCCCACAGCGUCGAGACCCCACUUGCCCCCCGAGCGCACGCAGAGCACGACAUCCUACCCGCCGCACCCGCCGCUGGACCGCUCUGUCUCGCUCCCCGGCCCCGCGCCGCCGCCCUACCCGCCCAGCGUCGCCUCGCUGCCCCCGUCGCGCCCGAUGCCCAUGCAGAUGCCGAUCCCCAUGCCGAUCCCCAUGCCCGGCGCACCGCCCGCGUCCGCCACAUACGCGCCGCAGCAGCAGUAUCCCGCCCCGCUGCCGAACGCGCCGUACGCCUACCCCGCGCCGCCGCACCUGCAGCCCUUCCCGCUGGGCCCGCACUCGCCGCAGCGACAGGGGUUCGUUGCACCGCGGCCGUGGGAGCCGAUGGCGAGGGGCGACGCGGGGCGGUAUGAUGCACGGUAUGAUGCGAGGUAUGAUUCGCGGUAUGAUGCGCGGUACGAUUCGGACUCGGAGGGGUCUGGGAGUGGGGGGCGGAGGCGGAGGGACAGGGAGAGGGAGAGGGGGCGGAGGGGGUACGAGAAGGAUGGGAGGGGGUAUGAGAGGAAGGAGAAGAAGGAGAGGAAGCACGGGAAGAGUGCGGCGGUGGGGACGCUGAUGGGAAUUGGCGGGCUGACGGCGUUGUUGGAUGGGCUUGGGGGGCUUUGAGGUGUGAAAGGAGGAUGGGGUGGUUAGCAAGAUGAAGUGCUGUGAACACAGAGCAGCUAGACGCACGACUUGUGAUAUGCAUGAAUUCGCCGCGCAAUUUUGUCUUUUGAUCCCAUUCCGACUCGCCGCGAGCCGUGCCCAACCCAAACGCCGCGCUAUGCAAGAACCACGCUCCUCACCGGCUGUCCGCCACAUCCGGCAACCGCUCGAUAACGUACUUCCCCUUGGCCACACUCACAAUCGGCACACCGGGAAUCUUCCUUAUCCGCCUCUUCAAGUCGCGAUCAUUCGUCGCCACGAGAUACACCCUAUGCU